UUUUUUUUGCAUGAACUAGAUUUGAUUUCUUGCAGCAAUGUCGGGAUGGCAACGACACGUGCGAUCCGUUCUGCGCCACACUUCUACAGCCAGUGUCAACAAGCAAAACCAUCCCAAUUUUGUAGCUCCAUAUAGCUCAUUGUCAUAUUCUUCACAAAUUCCUGGUGGCCAAUUGGCAUGUUUAAGGAGGGCAUCUGAUCUUUCUACCCGAAGAAUGUUCGGGCCUUUGUAUCAGUGUCUACAAUACUGUGGAUUUUUCAGUUCACGGAGAUUGUCAGCAGAAGAUGUUUCUAAUGUGGAGCCUGUUUCGUCUCCUUUGACGCCACUUUUGGGUGACGGUAAAACUACAACCAAGGAUGCAGUCUGUAGAAAGACAACUGUUCAAGCUAUAAAAAAGGGCAUAAAACAGAGUCCCAAGAAGGUCAAUUUGGUGGCUAAACUGGUUAGGGGAAUGCGUGUUGAAGACGCUCUCUUGCAGCUGCAAGUAACAGUGAAAAGAGCUGCCAAAACAGUGUAUCAGGUUAUCCACUCUGCUCGAGCCAAUGCAGCCCAUAAUCAUGGGUUGGAUCCAGAUAAACUCCUUGUCGCCUAAGCCUUUGUUGGAAAAGGGUUAUAUCUGAAGCGACUCUCAUACCACGCCAAAGGAAGGAGUGGGAUCAUGGUGAGACCCAGAUGUCGGUUGACGGUAGUGGUUCGCGAGACCACACCAGAGGAAGAGGCAAAGAUAGCCAAGCUGAGAGUCAGCAACUACAAGAAACUUUCGAGGAAGGAGAAGCAGUUAGUCCCUCAUCAGCUAAUCGAGACCACACCGAGGUGGGGCCGAAAAAGGAAGGAGUCUGUUGUUGCCUCAAGUUAAUGCAUAACGCGAAAAUAGUACUCUCCUUCUAAUGUUACCAAUGGAUAAUGCAAGUGAGGCUGACGCUGCAGUUUUGUAGGCAACUGUCUUGUAGAAACUAGGUAUCUUGUUAUUCUCAUGAGUACUUGUUUGUAAUAAAAUAUCGCGCGCAGACCGUAUGAAUUUUGUGGAUCUGUACUAAGAUCUUGCUGGAACGGUUGAGGUUUGAUAGCAUUCCUUGACAUGCUAUUAGAAUCCAAAGUUUAGAAUGUAAUUAGACGAUAAUCUACACUGUUUAAGCUUUUGAAAGGUUAUAACUGAUAGCACAAACUUUGUACAUCUCCAGCUUUG